AUGGUGGACUCUAAUUGGCGAAUCCGUCACGCUUCUGUGCAUCUACUCGGAGACUUGUUGUACAAGAUAAGCGGACAAACCGGAAAAGGGACCACUAAGACUAUUGAUGAGGAUGACACUUUCGGUACCGAAGCCGUACAUCAGCGUAUUUUGGAGAAGCUUUCGGUUGAACGCCGCGAUCGAGUCCUUGCUCAACUGCACAUUGCGCGCAGCGACCCUACUCAAAUUGUCCGGCAGGCUGCGGUGCAUGUGUGGAAGGUUGUAGUAUCCAAUACUCCGAGGACUUUACGUGAGAUUCUACCGGUGCUCAUUCGCCUCUUGCUCUCGAUGUUAGGCUCAUUCCACAGAGAACAACAACAGGUUCGCAGUCAUAAUUUUGCUCACGUGAUCAUUUGA